UAAUACUGUUCUUGCUUUCCUCGAUAUUACUGCGUCGCGCCUUACAUACGGACACACUGCCGUCCCCUACGUUCCAUCAGGGUGGUACACUAAAGGCCUCUGUGCAGCAUCCCCAAACACUUGCCACGGUCACGGCGAAGCAUGAUAACAUCGAAGUAUGGACUGACACACAAAGUUUUGAGAAACAUGAUCUUAAUUUCAUAAAAACCCGACGUCCUCUAUGUGCCCAAUCUGGUCGUGAUCGAUCACACUUCUCUGCACAGCCACGCACAUGUGCCUAUUUUGGUGGCUCCCAUACAAGUUUGAAUGCGAGGUGGCACUUGGCCUGACUUUAUAAGGGCAAGACAGGAAGCACGCCGACGAGGUCUUUGUCUUACUCCCUACCUUGCUCCUUACUCCAGUGCUGGCCUGCCCUUCACCCCUCCCCCUGUCUCCCAAAAUAUUUCUACAUCCCCCCUGUAUCUACUACUCUAUCCUACAUUUCCAUUACCCCUUUCUCUCCCAAUCAAAUUAUUUGGCAGUUUAAAUCCAGGCACCCUAGUCUCUACCUCUGACCCGACACCUCCUCCCUCCUCGCUCUACUCGUAGCAGACAAUCUAAACGUUCCACCCCAUAUCAUUAUUACAGGACGGGGUGCGUGGAUAACACUCAGGAUGCUCAAAGUGUACCUGUUGGGAAAAGACUGAAAACCUCAGGUCUGCAGAAUAAAUCACUCUGCUAUUUUAUUUAACGCGAACAAAAGAGACUUUGGGAAGUCACAGCUUUGUAUACUUAUAUACAUAUAUUUAGACAGACAGACGUAGAUAGUAGACAGGUGAGUCCCAGAAGCAUAAUCCUCCAUAACUGUCCAAGGAAACCAGUGAUCACAAAUGGCAAGCAAGCAUUGGCUGGUGGUUGGGAUCUCCGGAGUCACUUGCGCUGGAAAAACCACACUGGCUAAUAGACUCUUGGCUUCGCUCCCUACGGUGGCCGUCUACCUGGGCCAAGAUGAGUACAUUUACUCUGAUGAAUUCCCCGGCCACCUUUUGUCCCCUCCAGCACUCGGUGGUCUCAACAGGGAUUCUCUCAGGAGUAUCGAUAUGGACAGGAUGGUUGAGGAUAUCCACGUGAUUCUAAAUACUACCAGUCCUCGCCUUGGCUCCUUCUCUAGCGUGUCGGUUCCGAGGGAAUGGGAGAGGGUUAACGCAGCGGCUCUGAAAGUCGGGAAUCGACCUGCGCCAUCUUUACGGGAAUGCUCUGCCUACAUGCCAGUUCUGUUGCUUGAUGGUUACCUGCUGUUCAACCACGCAGAUAUUCCACCGCUCUGUGACCUCCUUUAUUUUACUACUCUGCCGAAGGAUGAGUGUUGGAAGAGAAGAAAGAAGAGGGUUUAUGCAUCACAGUGCCAAGAUGUAAAGCUGUAUUUUGAGUUGUGUGUCUGGCCAAAAUACAAAGAGCAUUUUCAACAGAUGAUAGAAUCUGUCAGUAACAUAUGCUUUAAAAAUGGGUGUACAGAUCCAGACACACUGUAUCUUAGUGUUUUUCAAGACAUCAUGCAAAAACUUGAGAUUAACAAACAGUAUCGUUCAUUUCAUCACUGAACAACGGAAAUUUUGCAUAUAAACAUGAAAUAGAAAAUAAAUGCUUAGAAUCUUUUCACAGAUAAUUUUAGUUCUUGGUCUGUGCUUAGAGUCAAUGGGCGAGGCCAGGCUAAUGUUUCUUUUUUUGCGAAAUUUUAUCAAAGCAGAUGAGUCUCUUGAACUCUGAUUAUAAAGAAUCCUCCAAUUCAAACCUCCCGUUAAUUAUAAAUGUAAUGGCAUUUUACAUGAUCAAAUUCAAGUGUUUUUCCAAGUCAUUUAUUAAUUUGAUAAUGUUACUGUUUGCUUUUAACAAUUGCUAAUAUGGUUCCUGUUGUGCCUUUGUUAUGACAACAAACAUUUUCUUCAUCAAGCAUGUUAGUCACAUU